AAUAUAUACUUCAAUUAUGCUUUCAAUAUAUAUAUGGAGUUCUCUAAGACUUAAAAAGUUUGAAUUUGAUGGCUAUGAGAGGACCGUUUCAUGUAUCUAUGUGAUUUUUAUUCACAAUUUAUUGAGAUGGGGCUGUUAUACUUGUGAUUUGUGUUAUUGUGUAUCAAUUUCAAGAACUAAAAGGGAUUUUCAGUUAGUUUAUUUUCAAUUAUGCAUGGUAAGUAAGGAAAGAUUCAACCCUUGUUGGAGAGUUUUGUUUCUCAUUGAUCAGGAUUAGUCUAGGUAGUGGUUUUGGACACUGAGUGUGUAUAAUUCAGGAUCCUUUGCAAUGAAUGGUUGUGUAAAGUUUUCUUUUUGCAGUAGGAAAUUUUGAAUAGGAAUGAAGCAGAUGCAGAAGAUUUUCAAAACGUGUUGCUGGAAAAUGAAUGCUUUUGUGUAAAGAUAAAAGCCCGAUAUGAUAUUUGUAGAUUGUCAACUCUUUCUUUUUUAAACGAUAAUGUCUAGUUGAUUUAGCAUGAGAAAUUCUACAUGACGAAACACUUAGAAAGGCCUAUAAGCAUUUGAAACCUCAGUUUCUUUUCUUUGUUACAUAGGAGUUUCAUUCUGAUGUAUUAGAAGUAACUGUAGGUGUUAAGGCCGAGGCAAUCAGAUUGUUUUAAGGAAAUUGAUUCUGUCUUUUGCAAUCAUCAAUCACAUUUUUAUGUCUUUCGACGUUGAUCAGCCAAAUUCAUGAGUAUUUGUUACGUUGUAUCUGUACUUAAUAUGUAUCAUGUGUUGUUUUUGACAGUCCAGUAAAGGACGAGGGUGCUUUGCCAUUUUUGUUGUUGCAGUGACAUCCAGUACUACUUCACACCCAGCACUUGCCAUGGGAAAUUCUUCGUCAAAGAUGUCAUCAGCCAUGUUCUUUUUCCUAGGAGGGAUAGUUCUGCUUGUGAUAGUACUUCUGCUAUUUUUAAUUAUCAAGAAGGUCUUAAGAACAAGGAAAGAUAAAAUGUCUAUACCUACCCAAGUUGUGAUGAGCCCAGGAGGAACUAGCAGAUGGUUCAGUGGACAUCUCCGGACAAUAAGCUAUUUCGACUUUCAGACACUGAAGAAGGCAACGAAAAAUUUUCAUUCUAGUAAUGUGCUAGGAAGAGGUGGAUUUGGACCAGUGUAUUUGGGGAAACUUGAUGAUGGGAGAAUGGUUGCUGUAAAGCAACUGUCUGUGAAUAAAUCCCAGCAAGGGGAAUCAGAAUUUCUCUCUGAGGUUCGGAUGAUUACCAGUAUACAGCAUAAGAACCUUGUCCGCCUCAUUGGAUGCUGUUCAGACGGCGAGCAGAGGCUUCUUGUCUAUGAAUACAUGAAGAAUCGAAGUUUGGACCUCAUUGUUUAUGGUAAAACAGAAACUUAUCUGAACUGGAGCACUCGUUUCCAAAUAAUUAUUGGUGUCGCUCGAGGGCUGCAAUACUUACAUGAGGAUUCACAUGUAAGAAUAGUUCACAGGGACAUCAAAGCCAGUAACAUUCUUCUUAAUGAGAAGUUCCAACCUAGAAUUGGAGAUUUUGGCCUUGCAAGGUUUUUCCCUGAAGAUCAAGCUUAUCUCAGCACUACAUUUGCCGGAACAUUAGGUUAUACAGCACCAGAGUAUGCCUUGAGAGGAGAAUUAUCUGAAAAGGCUGAUAUUUAUAGUUUUGGAGUUCUAGUGCUUGAGAUCAUCAGUUGCAGAAAGAACACUGAUCUUACUUUGCCCUCAGAAAUGCAAUAUCUCCCAGAAUAUGCUUGGAAGUUAUAUGAGAAGUCCAGACUGAUUGAUCUGUUAGACCCGAGAUUGUGCAAGGAGGGCGUUGUGGAGAAAGACGUCUUGACAGUACUUCAUGUUGCGCUUUUAUGCAUCCAACCACAUGGAAGUCUGAGGCCGCCAAUGUCCGCAGUGGUUGCAUUGUUAACACACAAAUCUGAAUCGAAUGGGGCGCCAGUGAGGCCGGCAUUCUUGGGACGAAAGCGAAGGCCUGAUGAGGUACCUUCGCGGGAGACAGUCUCAGAGGUUUUAUCCUCACCGCCAAGGAGUGAUUCUGCUUCCUUUUAUCAACAAUCACUCUCAGUUCUGCCUUCUCCUCAGAGGAGCUCUUCUGCUUCCUUUAAUAAGCAGCAUUCAAUCCCGGCUUUGCCUUCUCCACAAUGGAGUGAUUCUGCCACCUUUUACCGGCAACAAACACCGGUUUUGCCAUCUCCGAAGAGGACUAAUUCUGCUUCCUUUUACCAACAAGCAGCCAUCCCAAUCCCAGUUUUGCCUUCUCCUCAAAGGAGUCAUGAUUCCUCUUCCUUUGCCAGAAUGUGAAGCCCCUUUCGCGCUUUCUGCCAACAAAUGAUUGCACUUCCUUCUCUUAAACAUACUAUUCAAAUUCCCAAGAGGACCAAUUCUGCGAUCGCAGGACAAGUAAACGUAGCUGAAGAGCAAGAACUGAGAUCAUUUUGUUAGCAUUGUAAAAAGUUUGUAUUACUUUCUACAUUCUUUUUCUUUUUUUGGUUCUCUUACAACUCUUUGUUUGUACAGAAAUGAGGCUUGUAGGAUUGCAAGAGUGCGGUUUGCCCAACAUUUGGCUGGUUGAUUUUCUUCUUCCCACCAGAAAAUUGGAGGAAGAUAUAGGGAAAAUAAAACCAUCCCAGCAAAUUCUUGGGUGUUUCCUUGAUUAUACAAGCAACAUAAAAGCUCUACAUCAGGG